UCUCAAGUGAAAAGCGUGCUAACGAGACGUCUCAACGGAGUUUUAGUGGAAAAUCGUGAUGUUGUAAUGAAUGGUAAUGUGAAGACGAAUGGAUUGGACAGUGUCAAUAAUAAUAAUAAAGCAACGGUCGUGAACGGUAACGUGAGGAUUCAGAACGGAGAGAUUUCGAGAGAAACUCCAAGCAGUUCGACAGCGUACUCGUCUACAGCCGAAGAGGUGGUUGCCGCGGUUGCAGCCGGAUUCACAUCGUCAUCGCUUGGCAAUGGCCACGCCCCUUCCACUUCCGGAGGCCCCGCCCAUCAACAGAACGGUACCGCAGCGAUUGUUGUGAAAAGCGGCAGUGAACUGAGAAUGGGUGCCGUUGGCGCUCCUGGUCCCGGACCCGGUGGCUCCGCCUCCUCCGUUGCAGCCGUUCCAGCGGCGAGCGGCGGCACUGUCAUGAUCAAUUCAGUGCCGGUUUCAGUGUGCGGCGCGCCACCCGGUGCCACCGUUGUGCUGGUGGUCAAUCAACCGCAGCCGCCCGCGCAAGUGGCUGGCCCCGCCUCCCAACCACAGGCCCCGCCUCCUACCACAUCAGCCGCAGCCACCGCGUCAACGUCCUCCACGUCGUCGCCGCAUCCGCCUACCGCUACGCAGGCUGCUGCACCGCACGUGACGCGUCGUUCGUCGGGCGCCGCUUCGCACAGGCAACCGGCCGUGCCGCUGACGCCGUCGCAACUGGCCGCGAAGCGUAAGCGCACCGCGGCCAUCGUGGAAGCGGUCGCGUCGGGACGCACCACUUCAUCGAUCGUCAUACCUCAGCCAAAAACGUCCAUCAGCGCCAACGCAAAGCCAUCA